AUGCGAACUCGAAAACCCGCCCCGACGAGUCGCGCGCUGCUGAUGCAGAUCCACACGGCUCGAGCGCAGCUGCGAACAACGGCCAAGCCUGAGUCCAAGCCCCAAGACGGCACCCAAGACGGCAGCGCCAUCGAGACAAAUCCAACAAGCUCGUCUCGGCGUCCACCGUGGGCCGAAUCACACGCUCAAGCUCUUGCAAGCGGCCAAGACUGCGCUUCAGUUGCGCUCCACCUAAUCAAGCGCGGCAAGAGCCCACGGGAACGUCGGACCAGCCAACAAAUUGCAUUGAGCCGGGCUGUGCUGCGCUGUGUUGUGCCGUAUGGAACGGCAGCGUUGGUGGCCACCGAGGCGGAGCCGGCAACGGAGUCUCAAGCGGCAGGCGGAGACGCACCCACGGCGACACACUCAACAGACAAGGCGCGGAGAAGAAAUGCGAAAACGGAAUCCAUUCGACGGCAGCUCCGAGCAGCUUUCACCACCUCUGCAUUGCUUUCGCUUUGCCCUGCUCUGCUCUGCUUUGCAUGCGGCGCGACCCAUGCAUCCAACGGCGUUCGCCAUGCGGGCAAGCCCUUCUUUUUCUGCACGGCCACCUCGGUCGGCCAUCCGCCGACGACCCUUGCCUUGAGCACUGGAUCGCUCGCGAUCAAAGCCGCUCGGAUCGGCAGCGCAGCAGGCUCGUUCCACCGGCUCUGCCGACUCCCACGCCUGGCAGAAGCCCGCUCCGAAAUGACACAGCCACCAUCUCUGGCCUCUGCGCUACAGUACAGUAGAUUGCGUUGCGUUGCCCCGCCCUCGUGGCUUCCCAGGUUCAACGGCGAAACUCUGGCUGCCGCUGCCACCCAGAAUGCUACGCACGCCAGCGGGACACGGCAAGCAUCUCCUGGGCCUGCAACUCGUGUUGUGGUACACCUCGUUCCAGCCGCCCUCUCUCCGGAGUGGAUGCCCGCGUGCUGGUGUCAGCCUUUGUGCACGGCAUCGCCUCCCGGCCCCUUUUCCUUCGCAACCGCCGAGCCCCGCUUAGCCAUGGCCACACCGACCGAUGCAAUGCCGACAGAGGAUAGACUGGGUCAUUGCCUGACCGUGCCGCUCAUGAUGCACCGAUAUGGCAUGGAGGAGGGCGGACGAGCAGCCGAGGCAAGCGGCGUCUAG